GGCCGGAGAAUCCAAGGACACCAUUACCAGGACCAGCAGCUGCUUCGCGGAGGGAUUGCAAUUCAAUAUGUACUUCUCCUCGUCCGUGACGACAUCAGGCGCAUAGUGGAUGGUCCACUGCGCAGAACAUGAGCGAACUGCAGACCCCGGGCUGAGCAGCAGGCUCGCGGCUCACGAGCAUGUCGGAAAGGGCUACCGCCGCAGCCGCCAUCGGCUGCGCGGUCUGGUCGGUCGACACAUACACCGCCUGCGGGGCGUUCUUCGAGUCUCUGGCCCCGCGUGGCGCGACGAGGACGCGGCCAAACUUGGUGUAGUUACCGUUCCCGAUAGUUUCCGUCCCGGAGACUCCGGCGGAGAAUAUCACGGCAUUGAAGAACGGAAACAGGUCCAGGCCGUGAGCGGUGGGAGCCGAGGCCGACAGAAGAGUGAUAGUGAAGAAGAGGCUGAGGAUGGAGCGCAUGUCAGACCGAUGUAGCCCUCAGAGCCGUUCCACGAUGGUUCUUAUACGGCAUGGGUUGCGAUUACAAUCUCGAACGCGGGUAGGUGGUUUCCUGCGCCAGAGAACAGAUUACUGUAGAAGGGUCAGACCCCCCAGUUGCUCGCCUCUGCUCUCUGGCGAAACUUCAUCAUCUCGACGGGAGCAGCCAGGGCAGGCAAUCCACAGCUGAAAAGAACAAUACCGCUCAUGUUUGAAGCUAGUCCGCAGUCCUGCAUAUGGGCUGCACCGAGCUCCGUCCCGCGGAUAUGAGGAUGCAGUGUCCAUUGUGAGGGACGAUUUGGAGGUGUGAGGAAUUUCGCUCGGUGAGGAUCCUGUCACAGAAUACUGCGCCACAUAUAGCCUUGAAUGUACCUGCCGACAAGCAAGCGACUGAAUUCCGUGUGGUGGAGGAUGGAAACACCGCGA